UUGUUUGUUUGUUCGACUGCCUGUCUGUCUCUUUGGCUUUUGUUUCAAAAGAGCAGAAGCAAGGCAAGUCUUGGAGCUGCAAGCGUCGUCCUCCACGGCGCGCUGAGCUGAGCUGAGCUCGGGCCUCCCGCGCCUAUGCACAAGGCUGGACGUCGGAAGUCGAGUCGAUCGAUACCUUGUCCGCGCCUGCGUCCCCAAUCGUGUCGCGCCUUGUUCACCUCGCUGAUUUGCGCCCGCUUCAUCACGCUCGGGCCGAAAGAGAGGAGCAACAUGACCUCGUGGGGAGGAUGUGAGGGGAGCAGAGGAACAGUGGAGAGGAAAGCGGUGUCGAGAGCUCAUCCGUCUAUCAUUCCGGCCCUUGUUCCUUUUUGCCCAAGACGAUGCGCGUCGGAACGGGCCCGCACACUUAUGGAGCGGUAGGCUGGUUUGCAAAGAGAUGAGGGAGGGAUCGGUGCGCUGCUCUGAGCAGCUCAUAUAGAGAAGGACAAAAUUCGAAGAUAAUUGC